CUUACGAUCUUUCUGUUCGCGCAAUUCUCUCUUCUAAAAUAACAUAUUGUAAAAUAACGUACGUAAAAUAAAUAUGCUUACAAUGGCGUUCUUUUUCUGCAGUAGUGCAUUUGAAAAAGUUUUUAUAAAAUUUAAUUUUGAAGGUUAUCGAAGGUUAUCGAAGUAAAGAGAAAGAAAAAUAGAGUCUCUCCCCACUUAAUUCUCGUCCUUCUUCCCUUCCUCUUCGCGCCUUGAAUCGUACAUUCACUUUUUUUUAGUAAACACUUGAUACUAACAUCAUUUGAUUUUAUCUGAUCAUUCGUACAAUAUCAGUUGAAUUGCAACCAUUACUCGAUAGUAGACCAGUAAGUGAAAAGCCGCGCUGUAGACUGAUCUACACUGUGCUACAGAGAUGUUCGCCGAAUACGCGCCCUUCACAAUUAAGUACUUCUAUCACAUACUCAUCGUCGUUGUUUCGUUCGUUUUGUUUAAAAAAUUCUUCGGACGACCUGCUGCCGAGAAAAGUGGGACGCAUGCAUUCACGACAUCCGACGAAUCCACGGAUCCAAGUGAAAAACUGGACAAAAAAUCAUAUAAAGUAGAACCAGCUUUGCCAUAUGAUCUCAAGCAUAUACCGUACCACUACGUCCGGAAACCCGAAAAGGAAUUACUGGCUCGUGCAUCAGAAUUUUAUCAAGUAGCUGCAGCGAGGCGGACCUUAAGAUUCUUUAGCACGAAUCCCGUUCCGAAGGAAGUUAUUCGUGAAAUUAUAAGGGCCGCAGGCACUGCUCCCAGCGGCGCACAUACAGAGCCAUGGACCUUUGUUGCGAUAUCCGAUCCGACUACGAAAUCAAAAAUCAGAGAUAUCAUCGAGAAGGAGGAGGAGAUCAAUUACAAGAAGAGGAUGGGCAUAAAAUGGACGACUGACUUGACUCCGCUAAAAACUAAUUGGAUAAAGGAAUACAUCACCGCAGCACCGUAUCUGAUACUCGUGUUCAAGCAAACUUACGGCAUUUUGCCAAAUGGACAGAAAAAAAUUCACUACUAUCACGAAAUGAGCGUUUCUAUCGCAUGUGGAAUUCUCAUUACUGCUAUACAGUAUACCGGAUUGGUGACACUUACAUCCACGCCAAUGAAUUGCGGACCGGCCAUACGCAGUCUCCUUGGACGUCCAUUCAACGAGAAGCUCGUUUUACUUCUGCCGGUUGGUUAUCCAGCUGAAGACGCCACUGUACCCGAUUUACAGCGGAAGGAUCUGUCCGAGAUUUUAGUCGAGAUCGAUUAACGGAGAUAUAAAAUGCGAUUGACUUAUGUCUUAUCGCUAUCGCUUGAUGCGCUGGAAAAAAAAUGGGGAAGAUACUUCUUACUUUACACUGGGGAAAAAUUGAGAAUGUGUGGAAGUGUCUGAAAUAAAUAGUCCAACAUGUAUUUAUGUUAAUGCUAUUUUUAUGAAAAAUGUUAUAUUUUUCGGAUUACUAACGUUUUUUUUUUUAAUAUCUUACAUUACAGUUUGUGGAUAGCAAUUAUUAACUAUAAUCGUAGAACGUAGUGCCCCUUGGCUUAAAACAUCGCUGCCAAUAUUACAAAAGUAAUCGUAACAUUCGAAAAAAAAGCUAAUCCCUGAAAUAUAGCACCUGUUCGUGAGUCAUGUUCGUUUGUUAUAUUUCUUUCUCCGGCGAAGAGAAUAAAAAGUAUAUAAUGGCACGCAAUAGAGACUGCUUUAAACUUAAUAAUCCGGUUUUGUAUAAACUAAUAUUUAUUUUCAAAUUUGCAUACAUAAUGUUAAAAGUAAGCGAUUAUAAAAUGUAAAUCCAUCACUCUAAUCGGAAAAGGGGAACUUAGAAGGUGAACUGAUAAAAAUUCGAGUGUAUCUAAUAGUACAAUUAGGCGGUCGUAAGAUCGUCAAAUUGAAGAAAAAAGUUUUUUUACAUUAAAUCAAAAAAUACCAAAUAUCACCUACAGCGCCGUCUUAAAUUAAGUACAUUUAAUAUAUAAAAUAUAAAAAUACUGAGCUAUAAAUGACGAAGAACAUGUAGAAUAUAAUGUUUUUUCCUCCGGCACUGCAAGUCCGGUACUGUAUAUGACAGCUAUGUCCACUACUAAUAGCUAUGUGUAAAAGCUUUUAGUAUCAUGAUACAUACAGAGAAACAGAUAAUAUUUCUAUUUAUCACUAUUCAUGGAACAAAUACUAUUAAUAUCAUGAUCUAGAAUAUGAA